UUCCUCUGCUCAAACUCUCUUUCCCCUUCCCUUUUCACUAUAAGUCUGGCGCCGUCUUGUCAACCUACAGACCAAACCGUAGUUCUCGUCUUCGUCUUGUCUCUCUACCGCCGUGGUUCUGGCGGUAAUUAGGAGGCGAUUCUUGCUGGAGAAACUCCGACCAACGAAUCGGAACGACUGCGAGCUCAAUCUGUGACAGGAAUUAAUCCGGGUACUGGAGUACGGUGAUUCGUAGCUUCAAAACAUUUUUCCAUCAUGCAGAGGUUGGAACUCAGCUCUGCUGUUAAGCUUAUUGCAUACUCCAAGGAGCUUGUGGAUGGACAGCCGCUCUAUGCUUCUUCCAAUUGUCUUCCUGUUAAGGCUUUAAAACUUGAACCUGCUGGUCAUGCCUUCCAUUCUGCCGCUCUCAAACUUCUUGGUUGUUUGGAGGAGGAAGCCACAGAAAAUGAGGGUAAUAAUAAGAAGGUCACAAAUGAUAAAGACAGUGCUUAUAUCCCAUCAUAUGAUUCUUAUAACAACGCUACCAAAGGGAAGAAGAAGUCUGGUAAGCAACAAGAAGAUCACUAUGCAUUGUUGGGUUUGAGCCAUUUGAGAUAUCUUGCAACAGAGGAUCAGAUUAGAAAAAGCUACCGUGAAGCUGCUCUGAGGCAUCACCCUGACAAGCUCGCUUCUCUCCUUCUAGCCGAGGAGACAGAAGAAGCAAAACAAGCUAAGAAGGAUGAGAUUGAAUCCCGCUUCAAGCUAAUUCAAGAAGCUUACGAGGUGUUGAUUGACCCUAUAAGGAGAAGAAUUUAUGACUCUACUGAUGAAUUUGACGACGAAAUCCCUAUGGACUGUGCCCCACAAGACUUCUUCAAGGUGUUUGGUCCGGCUUUUAAAAGGAAUGCAAGGUGGUCAGUUAACCAGCCUAUACCAGAUUUGGGCGAUGACACUGCGUCAAUGAAGGACGCUGAUAACUUCUACAAUUUUUGGUAUGGCUUCAAGAGUUGGAGGGAAUUUCCUCAUGCAGACGAGUAUGAUAUUGAACAAGCGGAAUCCCGUGAUGAUCGGAGGUGGAUGGAGAGGCAGAACGCGAAGCUCACUGAGAAGGCAAGAAAGGAGGAAUAUGCACGUAUCCGUACUCUCGUUGACAAUGCGUAUAAGAGAGACCCGAGAAUAGUGAGAAGAAAGGAGGAAGAGAGAGCGGAAAAGCAGAGGAAGAAGGAAGCAAAGCUUCUGGCCAAGAAGCUGCAAGAGGAAGAAGCUGCCAGGGCUGCUGAAGAGGAGAAACGACGAAAAGAGGAAGAAGAAAAGCGGGCGGCAGAAGCUGCUCAACAGCAAAAACGGGCAAAGGAGAAAGAGAAGAAGCUCUUGCGUAAGGAACGUACCCGACUUAGAACUCUCUCGGCCCCCCUUGUGACCCAGCAUUUACUCGACAUCUCUGAGGAAGAUGUGGAGAAUCUAUGCAUGACACUUAACACCGAGCGGCUAAGGGAUCUAUGCGAUAAGAUGGACAAGAAGGAAGGAUUGGAUUUAGCAAAAGUGCUGAGAGAUGUGUGCUGCGGUAAAAACAACGAUGAAACGGGAUCGAAGAAACAAGAUAACGGGAAAACCUUGCAGCAGAACGGUCAUGCAGAGGUUAAUGGUAAAGGAAGCUCGCCGAAGAAAGAGAAACCUUGGAGCAAAGAAGAGGUGGACUUGUUGAGAAAGGGAAUGGUGAAAUAUCCUAAGGGAACAUCUCGAAGGUGGGAGGUCAUAUCAGAAUACAUCGGUACAGGAAGAUCAGUUGAGGAGAUCCUAAAGGCAACCAAAACCGUGCUUCUCCAAAAACCCGAUUCUGCUAAAGCAUUCGAUUCUUUCCUGGAGAAGAGGAAACCCGCAGCAACAAUCGCAUCCCCCCUCUCCACCCGCGAGGAGCUCGGAGAAUCUAAACCAACCUCAACCAGUGAAGACACAACCCAAGAAGAGUCAUCAGAUAACAACUCGAACACUCAGAGCUCAGACAACAACACUGAAGCAGCAGCCGUGGUGGGUUCGGACCCAGAUGGAUGGUCGGCAGUGCAAGAACGAGCUCUGGUUCAAGCUCUGAAGACGUUCCCGAAAGAGACGAGCCAGAGGUGGGAGAGAGUUGCGGCCGCUGUUCCAGGGAAGACAGUGAAUCAAUGCAAGAAGAAGUUCGCAGAGCUGAAGGAGAUCAUAAGGAACAAGAAAACUGCAACUUAAGUGUUUAAGUAUACAACAUUCUUUGCGGCUCAUCAAAUUUUUGCUCAAAGAGAGAAAGGUUAAGAGUACGUUCCUCAUUACAGGCAUUGUCACUUUAUGACAAGAACUGAUUAUUUUGAUUUUUUUUUUUUGGGUGCUAUUCUACUAUACUUUGGUGUCGCUAUGUAGAGUGCUUGGACACACAACAGUCUAUUCUUAUGGAUAUUUUUUUUUUCUUUUCUCGAAUUUA